UCGAUGUUGGCGCGGGAGGGGCGGAGGCUGCUGUGGGCAGACCGGGAUCGCGCGUGGAGGCAGAGUAUAAAGAGGACCGGGUCUGGACUCAUGUCAGAAGGACUGCAGCAUCUCCUUUCUCCUGCUCACCUGAGAGACUAACAGAGAGGACCUGGGACUCUGGACUGAACGUGGGAUUUAUCAGGACCUCAACAAUCCGGGAUUACACACAGACCCUGUGAUCGAGCAGCAGCAGCAGGAGUCAUGGUCCGUCACUUGGUGCUCAUGGUGUUCCUCGCGCUCGUGCUGUCGGCGUGUUCCCGCGUCGGAGAGGCGCGCGUCAAACUGAACUCCAUCAGAACCGUGGUGCUGAGGGAGGGGCACGCGCUGCCGCUGAACAGGAGCCUGUGGGAGCCGAGCCUGGACCUGGCGCUCUAUCAGUGCAUGAGCGACCUGGAGUGCAGAGAGGGAAGCUACUGCCACGCCCCCACCAAAGGCCCCGCCCACUCCCGCUGUCAGAACUGCCGCAGGAGGAAGAGGCGGUGCCACAGGGACGGCAUGUGUUGCCCGGGGAACCACUGCAGCAACAAUAUCUGUGUUCCUGACGUGGACAGUUUUGCGUCUCAGAGGAUCCCCGACUCGGAUGGAGGGAUGAUCCCUCUGUCCAAGAAGAAGGGAUGGAGGAAGAGGGAGAGGAUGGAUGUCAAAGGGGCCUCAGGUAAAGGUCAGGUCGGGGACCCGUGCCUCCGCUCGUCAGACUGCUCGGAUGCUCUCUGCUGCGCCCGUCACUUCUGGACCCGGAUCUGUAAACCCGUGCUGAGGGAGGGCCAGGUCUGCACGCGACAACGCCGCAAAGGGAACCACGGCCUGGAGCUGUUCCAGCGCUGCUCCUGCGGCGACGGACUCAGCUGCCGGACGCUGCGAGAGCCCGGCGCCAAGCCUUCGUCCCCGUCUUCGUCAUCGUCGUCGUCACUCCUGGCGGCGGCGAAGUCCAAGUUCACGGCGUCCUCUUCGUCGUCUCGCCACUCCUCCCCUCACACCUCUCUGCUGUCUUCGUCGGCGUCGAAGGCGUCGUCAGAGGUGGCGAAGACGAGGCUUCACGUGUGCCAGAAGAACUGAUGGAUGGACGUACUUUCUACUUCCUGCCGAUGACCGCCGAGGAGGAGGAGGAGGAGGAGGAGGAGGAGGAG